CGGUGUUUGAAGAGAGGCAGUUGUGCACAGGUGUCAGUUCAGUGCGGAUCCCAAGCGAAAGUGAAUUGUGUGGACGAAAAAAACGAGUGAAACCAAAGCAACAUGAAGCAACUAUUGAUCGGCGCGUGUCUGUUGCUGACCCUUCAAGCGUCCUGGGCGGUGGAACCGUCCGCCGAGGUGGAAGCGUCCAGUGAGCAGCACGAGCAGAUCGUGCCAAAGAUUGCGCAGGAUUUUGAGCACCACGAGCCGCACGAUUAUUACGCGUACCCAAAGUACAAGUUCGAGUACGGUGUGAAGGAUCCGCACACGGGCGACCAGAAGAGCCACUGGGAGGAGCGCGACGGUGAUGUGGUGAAGGGCGUGUACUCGCUGUACGAGCCGGACGGGUCGGAGCGCGUCGUGGUGUACCGGACGGACAAGCUGCACGGGUUCGAGGCACACGUCAAGCACAUCCACCACGCCGCUGGUGGCCACGUGCAGUCGUACAGCCAGGAACCGGAGUACCUGGCCGAGAGCCACGGAGAGCACGGCUACAGCUACAGUAAUCAGCACCUGGAGUGAGUGUAAUCGUGGGUCAGGCGGGUCCCGUUGCCGGUCCGUGGAAUCGAUCUCAGAAAAGUGUAUCUUUUUCCCUGCUCAAUAAAUAGUUUCCUUUCCCCCC